GUGCCGUUCUCCUUAGACUUCCGUCUCCGGUCGCGCCAAGCUCGGAAUGGCCGUAGGCUCUCCGGUGGGAGUUGGCUGUUGAGUUGUACACUUCAUUGCCAGGAUAUGGGCGCCGGCAGGUCCUCAAACAAGAUUCCGCUUUCUUAGGGUGGUAACGGCGUUCUCGGGUUGGGGAGGGACGGUGGGAAAAGCGGAGCCGCUCUGAGCCAUGCUAAUGAAUCGUGGGUCAGCCUGUGAAGAGGCCCGGCUUUGCGGGGGUGCGCUAGGAACCUUCGCCAGAGUACGUGUGUGUUACAGGCCGGGAACUACAUUUCCCAGCAUCCUCGCGGCUCCAGAACUACCUUGCCCGAAAACCCGAGCGCGCUUCUGACAGCCUUUACCCCUUCCCGCCUACCGGAAGACUGAGGACAUGUGGAGUCGCAGGGUUUGGCUGCUCCUGCGUUCUGAAGGCAGCGGGCGCCGCUGGGAUUCAGCUCCCCGCAGGCGUUUCCCGUCAGCCCUACGGAGAGGGCUGCCCCUGCAGCAUAUGGAAGUUUGCGGACUACGGGUCAAAUUGGAGCUGCAGCUGCCCACCUUCACUGCAGCCAGUAGUAUCUGAACCUGACUAGUAUCCAUGAGGAUGCGGGUUGAUCCCUGACCUUGCUCAGGUUAAGGAUCCAGCGUUGCCAUGAGCUGGAUUCCAGAUACUUCUUAACCACUGCAACCAAGGAAGGAUAUGAUAUGAGGCGAGUGGACAUAACUCCUUUAGAACAAAGGAAAUUAACUUUUGAUACCCAUGCAUUGGUUCAGAACUUGGAAACUCAUGGAUUUGACAAAGCACAAGCAGAAACAAUUGUAUCAGUAUUAACCACGUUAUCAAAUGUCAGCCUGGAUACUCUCUAUAAGGAGAUGGUCACUCAAGCUCAACAGGAAAUAACAGUACAACAACUAAUGGCUCAUUUGGACUCCAUCAGGAAAGACAUGGUCAUCCUAGAAAAAAGUGAAUUUGCAAAUCUACGAGCAGAGAACCAGAAAAUGAAAAUUGAAUUAGAACAAGUUAAGCAACAACUGAUGAAUGAAACUAGUCGAAUCAGAGCAGAUAAUAAACUGGAUAUCAACCUAGAAAGGAGCAGAGUAAUAGACAUGUUUACAGAUCAAGAAAAGAAACUUAUGGAAGUAACCACAGAGUUUACCAAAAAUGAUACCAAAACCAGAGGUAUUAUUUCAGAGACCAGUAACAAAAUUGACAUUGAAAUUGCUUCUUUAAAAACGCUGAUGGAAUCUAACAAGCUUGAGACAAUUCGUUAUCUUGCAGCCUCAGUGUUUACUUGCCUGGCAAUAGCGUUGGGAUUUUAUAGACUCUGGAAAUAACAGGGAACAUUCUAUAUUAUGCUCCUACUCCUGCUGCUGUUGACCUCUUAGAACACUCUGCCAGGAUGGAUUUACUUUGAACACCGAAAGUUGCAGUAUAAACUUAAUACAAGAUUACUUAAAGUACAUAUGGACUAAAAAGAAAUGUUUUAGAAUGGGAAGUAAGAAUUCCUGCUAUGAGCCAGACCACCUGCUCGUCCCCAUGUGUACAGAGUGAAAAUGGCUUCUUUCUCAUGGAAUUGGCAGUCUUAGAAGAUAGACAGUAAACAAGUAAAUUAUUCAUUUGUUACAAUGUAAAAUAGGCUAAAAUAUAGAGAGGGAAUACUUCUUUCCUCUCUGUGAAGGGAAGCUCCAGUAGUGUAACAUUGUAAUCACUCUUCCUUCAGCCGCCCUGCCCUAGGUGAUUAAGUGAGGUGAAAGGAGAAACAAGGCCCCAGUAGCCUCACCAUUUCUCCCCAUUCCUGUUUGGAAUCCACCUGUCUACAGAGAGCAUUCAUUCUGCUCUGCUCCUGUGGGGUCAAGCUCAGCCUCUGCAAGGUGAGGCCUGCUCUAGUACAGUGAUGCUUGGGACGAGGUAAGUCUGUCCAGUACGUCUGGGGGUUCAGUGAUAGGUUUACUGUAUUGAUGAUAUUAGCCAUAUUCUCCAAUAUCAGUUUUAUUGGUAAAUAAAGGUAUUAUUUAGGUCUUUA